AAGGAUUAUUGCUUUAGUGCAAAGCAAGUCUGGACAUAAGGCAAUUUUGACCAUUUUUACAGUACAAUCGUAAUUGUGAAAUAGCAUCAUAAUCAGUAUUUCCCUUUACAUUAACACUGAUUUUAAAGAAGGAAGUGUUCCUUCAUAUUGAGAUGAAGAUAUUGACUAGAGCCACUAAUGAAUCUGUGGUGAAUAGUCCCUGAGCUCAAUUAUUUACCACAGUUUUAAUUUUUUAAGUAGUUUAAGAUCAAACAUCCAAUGUCCAGGCACAAGCUAAUUUUGAUUAUGAAGAUCAUGUCUAACUACCAUUGGGAAACACCAACAGCCUGUUGGUAUUUAGGCAGACAAGGUUUGGAAUGUUUUAAAUAGUCUGAAGACAUAAAUCAAGGAGUAUCAAAAGCCCCAGUUGGCUCUGGGUCUGAGAAAGGACACAGCGGGAAGCCUCUUAUUUAUUUCUUUUUUUACUUACUUAUCCUCUCUAUUCCAAUUCUAACACAGAAACUUUGAAGGCACUAGCCCUAACAAAACCUAUAACAGAUUUUACCAAAGUCCAAGCUGAAAAGGUCUCAGGAGAAACAGGUUCAGCUCUUCUUUAAAUAUUAUCACACCCUAUCACAAUUUUGAAUAUCUAAGGUUCUCCCCCACAGAAACCACAAAUUAUAUUUAACAAUCUUUAAAACAUUUUUGUCAAUUUACAGGUACUGGCUUAAAUUCUAAUGCUUCAAAAAUAUAAAUGCUAACUAUAUAUAUCUUUGUUCUUUUACUGACAAAUUCUGCCCCAUUAUCUAAGCUAACUGAGAGCUUUGCAUGGCACCACGUGCAUUACCUUCCACUUGCUAUUUGGACAUCUCCAACUUCAUCCUGUGGCAUCCUCUCACUGUCUCGCAUCUUGUUUUUUCCACUCAGGUGGAUCUUCCCUCUCAGGUCCCUGUUCAGGCAGGUGCCAAGCAUCAGGGACCUGGCUAAGAUCCUGAAUGAGCCUGCCUGAAUGAGUGGUACAACUAAGGAAUAAAAUAAGAAUCAGGGACAAAUUUAGUAAUGCAAGAUGGGGGUGGGUGUUGGAAGAUCAAUACCUUAGGACAGGCAAGGGCCCAGACACUCCAAACCAGAUAACAUUUAUUGGGUGUGUAUAAUGCAGUGGGUGUAUACAAUGAUAGAAGGAGCUAUCAGAAGAUUGCAGGUUGGAGGAAGAUUUCAGAUUAGCAGAAGGUUCAGAGGUUGAUGACACUGCAGGCAAUAAAUAAUCCUAUAAGCCUGGCAUGACUCAAGAGGGUAGAGACGAUCUUAUGCUAAGAAGGAUCUUGCUUUGGGGUGUUCUUUUUUCAUUUUAGAAGCCUUUGUUUAGUCUUAGUGGGUGGGAGAGGAUGCCCAUCUAAAUAGUUAAUGGGAAGUCUAAAAAGGAUAAGAGAAUAAUCCAAAGCCUCCUUUAAUCUUUUAGGGAAGUAUGCAAAAUCAGCCACUGUGAAUUUGUGAUCCCCAAUAACUGACCAUAUCUGCUGCAAUUUAGAGAUCGCCCCAUCUUGCUGAGUCUGACCGCUUCCAUCUGGAUUGCCUGUACUGCUUGCCAUAUAAACAUAGUCUAGUCUAAUGUAUUGUCUAACCCAGAUAAACUAGUCAAGGACAUGCUUAAUUUCAACCACCCCCUCAACCCCAGCUCCCUCCCUAUAUUCUCCCACCUUGUGAUGAACAAUCCCUCUGACCAACUGGACCAACAUAAACCUGCCAGACAACACAUGACUUGAUUCGUGUAGCCAAUUAUACAACAAGCUGCUUUCAGCUUAGUAGUUCCUGCUUGCAAAUCCUAUAUAAACUAAACCCAAAGCUGACAUGGGGCUGAUGAUUUAGACUUGGUCCCAAGCCUACUAGCAUAAUAAACAGUUGCCUUCCAUCUCCUGAAUGCAAAAGGCCUUCCAUUUGAUUUGAUAUCAGAUUCCAACAAUUCAUGCUGGGCAAGUGUUCUAUCACAGAACUCCAUUUGCUUCUGAAACUGGCUAUAUUUAAAAUGUAGUUUUGUAAAAAUGUUGGGGGGGGGACCUGUCUUAUUACUUUAAACACACUCACAAGGUUUUCACCAUCACCACUGUCUUCAGAGCAAUUUUCAUCUUUUCCAAGCUGAAACUCAAUCUCUACUGAAUAUGGAACCCUCAACCCCUUCCCAGACCCCUUACACCCCAUCCUAUUUUCUGUCUUCAUAGAUGGAAGCCCUCUAGGGACCUCACUGAAAUGGAUUCAUGCAGAAUUUGCCUUCUUGUGACUUAUUCCUCUCAGUACAUCCGUGCUGUGGCCAAGGGGCAGAAUUUCCUUCCUUCUUACGGCCUGAAUCCUCUUCUCCCCUGUAAGUGGCCCACAGUCCACCCAUUCCUCCAGCCAUGCACACUGAGGCGGUUUGUGCCUUAGACUUGGGAUUAACUGUGAAUUCACAUUGCUGUGAAUGUGAGAGAAGGAAACACUGCACCAGGCACCGAUUCCGGUUCUUUGGGGGAGCGAAAUGACUGACCAUAUGGCAAUUCUACGAGUAUUGGGGGGUUAUGGCGUCUUGCAUGCUACUAACAGCAGUGACAUAGCUAGAGUUCCUGCUGCUCAGGGAGGUCCUUCAAUUUGCAAUUUUCUGACCUAUCUGAAGAUAUCAAGCUAUUUAAAAAGAAAAUUAAAUGACACCUGGAGACAAUCUAACAGCACAAUGAACUGCAGGAUGUAACAUUCAUAUUUUGAUGUACUUGAAUCUUCACCUUCUUAAAAGUGGACUACAUUGUUACCAUACAAUUUUCCUUUUGGCCAAUAAUGACACCCAAAAAAACUGUGCUGCCAGGGUCGACUGUCCCCACCCCUACCCAGCUAAACCAGCCAGGGCCACUCAGUGACAUUCCACUAACAGUUUAGUAACAAUUUACCUCAUGCAAUUGUGAAAUCCCAAAGAGCUGGUGAGCAGCAGAGGAAAAAUGACACCACCAAAAUGUGUCACCCUGGUAAAGCCAGGGAUUUAUAAACAAGCUCACCUUUGGCUGCCUAGCGUUUACUGGGCCUUGAGACACCGCUUUUACUGACUCUGCUGUCCAGACACGUUUUGAUCGCGGGUCAAAAGGAUGGUCAUCACGGCGCAGCUGCUGCUGCUUCUCACUUUGCAGGUGACUGUGGUAAGCAGCGUGACUCCCUGUAAACCACAGAAGUGUUGCACUGAUGAUCUCUGCCACCCUUGCUGCCCAGCUGGCUGCUAUGUCAGCAAAACCUAUAUGGGAAACCAACACACUAUAGCAUGUGCACCAUGUGACCCUGGAACCUUCAUGAAAAUCCCCAACACUAUGCAGUCCUGCUUUUCCUGCUCCAAGUGCCGAAAUGAUCAGGAGGUGGUCUCCAAAUGCUCCUCAACUGCUGACCAGCAGUGUCAAUGCAAGACAGGAUACUACUGUGACACAGAAAACUGUGUGGAGCGCUGCUUCCGGUGUAGCAGCUGUCCCAAGGGGAAACCAGUUGUGCGGGAAUGCAACGCCACGGCCAACACAGUCUGUAGUGAGACUGAUCCAAAGAACAGAAACUGGCCAAUGAUGAUUGUAUGCAUUCUACCUCUCCUGGUUUCAUCUGUUUUCUAAGAAAACAUGGAUUCUGAGAGCAUGUUGUUCUUCUGUAAAGAACUGUGGUUAGCAGCCCCUUGACAGAAGCAAGUGACAGCCUGAUGGCCACCAAGUCCCAAAGCCCUGAUUCACAGAGGGGCCAGCCACUUCCUUCUGGGAAGCUACGCUCAGCUUCUGCUUCACACACAGCUUCAUGAAUCACCCUGUCCAUAAACAUUUGUAGAAGUACUGACCCUGCCAAACAGUCCAGCAUCAUAGGUGUCUGAAAUCCUGGUGGAAGCCCACAUGCCUAUAAAUCCAGCAGCACUUGGACAGCAUCAAAGUAUACUCCCAGCACACAAUGCACCUGGGCCCUCUUGAGCCAUGGCUGCAGUGGCCUGUGGAUGCCUUUCUGUUUUAUGAGAUUCCAGGCAAGCAAACUCCCCAUCCCUGAAAAGACUGCUCUGGAAUGUAUUUGAAAUAAAAUUGUAUUUCUAUA